GCCGGAAACCCAGUCAGAACCGUGAGGGAGCUACAGUAUAUACGGAGAGCUGAACAAACCACUUACAACAUAUUCACACUGACGCACUGACUGAAAGCUGUCAGAAUGUCCCAAUGGCAUCAACUUCAUCAACUGGAUACACAGCUCCUGGAAAAAGUAGACCAGUUGUAUGAUGAUACAUUUCCCAUGGAGGUCCGACAGUUCCUAGCACAUUGGCUGGAGAAUCAGGAUUGGGAUCUUGCCUCGAAUAAUGAUUCACUGGCUACCCUUCUGUUCCAUAAUUUAUUAAAACAAAUAGAUGACCAGUAUAGUCGCUUCUUCCUUGAAAAAAAUUUUCUGCUUCAGCACAAUCUGAAAAGAAUUAAACAAAACCUUCAGGUGCAGUAUCUCGGCAACCCUUUGCAUAUGGCAUCAGUUAUUGCAAAUUGCCUCAAGGAGGAGCGGAGGAUUCUAACAACUGUGAACACGCCUGAACAGGGGCUUGAGGAAAAGUUACUACAGAGCUCCAUGAUUUCAGAAAGGCAAAGAGGUCUGGAACACAGAAUGACUGCUAUUAAGGCCAAUACACAGUUGGUAGAACAAGAUGUCAAAAACCUUGAGGACCUGCAGGAUGAAUUUGAUUUUAGAUACAAGACACUACAAACACAAGAACAUAGUGAUAGGAACAGUGUUCAUGUGAAGGAGGAAGUUUUUCGGUUGCAAGGAAUGCUCAAUCAACUGGAUCAUAAACGAAAGGAGGUACUCCAUAAAAUCACAGAAUUGUUAAACCAAAUGGAUUUUCUAAUGAAUAGACAACUGUUUGAAGAGCUAACAGAAUGGAAACAACGACAGCAAAUUGCUUGCAUUGGAGGUCCACACAAUACCUGCCUUGAUCAACUACAGAAUUGGUUUACGUUGUUCGCAGAAAGCUUGUUUCAGGUCCGAAGACAGCUAAAAAAGCUCGAGGAACUGCUGCAGAAGGUGACUUAUGAAGGAGAUCCAAUGCCUCUGCAGAGACCUCAUUUGGAAGAAAGAGUGAACAUUUUGAUUUACAGUUUCAUCAAAAGUUCCUUCUUAGUAGAAAGACAGCCUUGUAUGCCAACCCAUCCACAAAGACCGAUGGUCCUAAAAACAGGAGUGCAGUUCACUGUGAAAUUAAGGUUUUUGGUAAAAUUACCUGAGUUGAACUAUCAGCUAAAGGUGAAAGCUACAAUUGACAAAGAGAGCUCAACAGCAAGAGGAUAUCGCAAAUUUAAUAUAUUAGGCACUAAUAGCAAAGUAAUGAACAUGGAAGAGUCAGUCAACGGAAGUCUUUCUGUGGAAUUCAGGCACCUGCAACUCAAAGAACAGAAAUCCUCUGCAGGAACUAAAGGAAAUGAGGGUCCUCUGAUUGUGACAGAGGAGCUUCAUUCAAUCAAUUUUGAGACACAAUUUUGUCAUCAAGAUUUGGUCAUAGAUUUAGAGACCAGUUCUUUGCCUGUAGUGGUCAUCUCCAAUGUCAGUCAACUGCCUAGUGGCUGGGCUUCUGUUAUAUGGUACAACAUGUUAAUGAACGACCUCAAGAAUUUGGCUUUGUUCACCAAUCCUCCUACUGCCACUUGGAGUCAGCUGUCAGAGGUGCUGAGUUGGCAGUUCUCUUCUUAUGUGGGACGAGGUCUGAGUUCUGACCAGCUCAACAUGUUGGCAGAGAAGCUACUGGGACAACAGCUAAGUUACAAUGAUUGUCACGUUUCUUGGAACAAGUUCUGUAAGGAGAAUCUUCCCAACAGGUUCAGUUUCUGGUUGUGGUUAGAUGGAAUCCUGGAACUCAUCAAGAAGCACCUACUGGCUUUAUGGAUAGAUGGGUACAUCGUGGGAUUUGUGAGUAAGGAAAAUGAACGUGCUUUGUUGAAGGAUAAACCAUCUGGCACAUUUUUAUUGCGGUUCAGUGAGAGCAGCAGAGAUGGUGCCAUUACAUUUACCUGGGUCGAUCGAUCGGAGAAUGGGGAAAUGAAAUUUCAUUCAGUGGAACCUUACUCCAAGAGCCAGUUAUUAGCGGUUCCUUUGCCUGACAUCAUCCGUGAUUACAAAGUAAUGGUGGCUGAGAAUAUUCCAGAGAACCCACUACAAUUUCUAUAUCCCGAUAUUCCAAAGGACAAAGCUUUUGGAAAGCAUUACAACAAUAAGCCAAAAGAAGUAUCUGAACCCACAGAGACAGAGAAGAAAGGCUAUAUUUCCUCAAGGUUUAUACCAUUCUCUGAAUUUCCAAAUGCUUCAACGGCUCCAGUUUCAUCAUCAGACCUACUUCCUAUGUCACCAGGAGUAUAUGCUGAACUGAAACAGCAGCUGAGUCCAGCAGAAAUAGAGACUGCUGUAUGCUUUGAAGCAAUGAUUUGAUAAUGGUUGACUUCCAUAGUUCUUCUCACAAUAACUCAGACAAUAAGCACCCCCUAAAUCUAAUUGAUAGUUAGAUGUCUAAUAAUAUUUCAUUUUAAAAGGGUGCAACAAGCUCUUUUAGAACAAUGCAGUUGUAAUGUGGAAAACUAUGCAAACAGAUAUAUGCAUGAGCUUAUAAAUGACAUUAAUAUGAUACUCCAUCUCUAAGUAAUUGUUGUAUUACAGAUUUGAGUUUCAGACAUUGUAUCGUGCAAGGAAGAGUUGUCAAACCAAAGUUACACUGCUCACCACAGUUCACUGUAGGUGCCCAGACCUCAACAAGAAAGGGAUUAUGUAUCAGAGAUAAUGGGAACUGCAGAUGCUGGAGAAUCCAAGAUAAC